AUGAGACGGCAGAUCAUCGCAUCGGCUUCUCUCGCAGCGCUAGUCAGUGGUGCUGAUGUCGACAACUCGAAGCUUGACCCGCUACAGUUCAAGAAAGAUGGUACCUUUCAGAUUGCCAUCUUUUCUGACAUGCAUUUCGGACAAUAUGAAUCUUCGACAGGCCCUGAACAGGACCGCAAUUCAAUCGAGGUGCUCAACAAAGUGCUUGACUACGACACGCCAGAUCUGGUAGUCCUCAAUGGCGAUCUCAUCAACGGUGACUCAACAUGGAAACACAACAGCACACACUAUAUCGACAUGAUUGUUGAGCCUAUGAUCAACCGCAGUCUCACUUGGGCGUCUACUUAUGGUAACCAUGACCAUAACUACAACAUCAAUGGUGAUGAUAUUCUUGUACGCGAGCAAAUGUGGCCAGGGGCACGCACUCAGAAAAUGGUCAACGAGACAAAGUCAGGCACCACCAAUUAUUACCUUCCAGUCUAUCCCUCUGACUGCUCCGAUACAUCCGAUUGUAGCCCUCAGCUUAUACUGUGGUUCUUCGAUAGCCGUGGCGGAAACUAUUACCAGGGCAGCUGGCAGGAGAACUGGGUUGAUCAGAGCGUGGUAGACUGGUUCAACGAAACCAGCACCGAGCUGACAAGCAAGCACAACAAAACCAUCCCUUCACUUGCCUUUGUUCACGUACCCCCCAAUGCAACAGUCGCGCUUCAGACAGAGCUUGGUAUUCGAAAGAACUACCAGCCUGGUAUCAACGAUGACCCCCCAGUCCCUCAACAGGGAUACGGAUGGUGCGCGGACGGUACCCCAACUUACGACUGCCCAUACGGUGGCCAAGAUGUACCUUUUAUGGAAGCCCUAGUCACUAUCCCCGGAAUCAUCGGUUUGUUUUAUGGUCACGACCACGGAAACACAUGGUGCUACCGUUGGGAUAGCAAGCUCGAUGGCAUGGACAUCGAAGGCAACGGCAUCCAUCUCUGCUACGGACAGCACUCUGGCUAUGGCGGAUACGGCGAUUGGAUCCGAGGCGCGCGAGAAAUUAUUGUGACAGAGGACAUGUUGGAGAAGAACGAAGUGGAAACAUACAUUCGACUUGAAUCUGGCGACGCAGUAGGAAAGGUCACGCUCAACUCGACUUUCAACGACGAUUACUAUCCCGCUACACCGAAUACUUUGACUUACAUGUCGGAGGACGAGAGCAGUGGCGCGUUCAGCCUUUCAGGAAGCUCGGAGUCUAUUGCGGUGGCAGUUGGAGGAUCACUGGCAGUGAUCGCGUGGUUGGUGGUUUGA